CGAUCAGGCGACUCGGGUGAACUCCACCAGAAGAGGUUGAACUACCGGCGAUCAUCCUCCCUCCUGAGUUUCUAACGGGUCCCAAAAGAGGAUGGUGCGCGCGCCUGUGUGUGGAUGUGGGUGGCGAGGUGGAGACGGGCUAGAGGGGUGGGGAGGGAAACCAUAGGUGUGCGUGGGAGGGGAAACAAGCUGAGUGUGCGUCUCAUCUAAUAGAGCCUAGGAGCGCAAUAUCUUCCCCGUCAUCUCCGUCUGGGCGGUCGGGGGUGCGCCGUGCCUUUCCGGGAAACCAUCAGUAGAAGGUGCGUUGACGAGAGCGGAUUUCGUCGGCCGUCUCUCAGUCUAAUUGGUGCGAUUCUUGUCCGAGUUGAUUGUCUGCUAACCUAUUCGUAGCGAGGCAGAGGUGAGAGUUGGGACGAGAUUCUCGCUGAGAUCCGCUAGCAGGACUGUUUGGAAAUGAAGGAAUUAUAAACGGCGCAUAAACAGGAGGGACGCACGCCAGCAGGUCAAAGUUUUCUUUUGCAGAAGUGUUUUUUUUCUCCUUUUCUGCGGACAUCACUGUGCCUCAGAUUGACGCCGUGAUGGAAUGACAAUUGGAGAGAGCAUGAUGGACACUUUGGCACCGCAGCUCCUGCUCAGAAAUCCUCCUGUUGACGCCCGGCGCGGUGCUGACCGAGCCCUCAGGACGGUGAUCAGUCAUUUGUUUUGAAGUGGCAGGAAAAUCCUCUUGAUCGUCCCCCCCUCCCUCCCUCACCCCCCCUUCGGUCGCCAAACGAGAGUGCGAAAUGGUGUGUGCAGCGAUUCCUCAGAGUCUGACGUGCGUACUCAUCACAUUCCCGUUAAGCAACGCAUCUUAAAGAGCUUCUUUCUUCAUUCAUGUUCAUUCUGCUUCUGAACUUGUUGAACGGCGUUAAAGAGCCGGGGAAGAGGACAAGCCCGUACAAGACAUCAGCACCAGAUCGCCACGCAGGAACAGGACCAUGAUUGACAGCCGGGCGAGCUGAGAAGACCUGUCACUCAUCUUCCUAUCAGCGUGUCAGUGGGCUAUCGCCUUCUUGCCUUCCCCCUCUGCCUCCUCCUUCUCCUCCACCACCACCAUACUCUUCCCUCCCUCAAUCCUCUCCUCUUAUCUUCUCACUGGGCUGGUAACCUCACCAUCCCUCCUAGUUAUCCACUACUCCAGAAACCUGAAAGAGACAGAAAUAGUAAAGAAAAACAACAACAACUCUUCUAAAAAGACUGUCGCUCCACCUGAGGGAAGUUUGGCAUGCCUCCUCACUCCAGUUGAGUGAGUUGUAGUAAGUGGAAGUAGAAGAGGGAUCCCUUGUUGUUACACCUUCAGAAGGAGAUACAGCUCCUCGGGAAGGAGCCGAGAGAGGACCAGUCAUGCGUUUCCAUUUUGCGUUGACGCUGCAGGCACUGUGGACAGGUGUUUGCCAGGCGGCCAUGCAGCACUACCCUGCAGCGUGGGGCCACUAUGAUGUGUGUAAGUCUAAGAUUUACUCAGACGAAGGCUUAACCUGGGACUACAUGGCCUGCCAGCCAGAGGCAGCAGACAUGACCCAGUUCCUGAAGGUAUCUCUGGAUCCCCCCAACAUCACCUGUGGAGACCCUCCGGAGACGUACUGUGCCCUGGAGAACCCCUAUAUGUGUAAUAAUGAAUGUGACGCCACCACAGAGGAACUCGCCCACCCUCCGGAGCUUAUGUUUGACAUCGAGGGCCGUAACCCCACAACUUUCUGGCAGUCCACAUCUUGGAAGAAAUACCCAAAGGCCCUCCUGGUCAACAUCACGCUAUCUUGGAACAAGACCAUUGAGCUGACCGACGACAUUGUCCUUACCUUUGAGUCUGGCCGGCCCGAGCAGAUGGUCCUGGAAAAGUCGUUGGAUUAUGGACGGACCUGGCAACCCUACCAGUUCUAUGCCACUGACUGCCUAGACGCCUUCACAAUGGAGUCCAAGACGGUGCAGGAUCUGACUCAGCAUACCCUGCUGGACAUCAUCUGCACUGAGGACUACUCACGAGGUUAUGUGUGGAAGUAUGAUAAAACAGUGCGCUUUGAGAUCAAGGACCGCUUCGCGCUUUUUGCUGGGCCCCAGCUCCACAACAUGGCUUCACUCUAUGGCCAACUGGACACUACCAAGAACCUGCGGGACUUCUUCACCAUCACAGACCUGAGAAUCCGUCUGCUCCGGCCCGCUACAGGAGCUACCAUGGUGGAUGAGAAUAACCUGUCCAGAUACUUCUAUGCCAUUUCUGACAUCAAAGUCCAGGGCAGGUGCAAGUGCAACCUUCACGCUAACAGCUGUGUAUAUGACAAAGAGAAGUUGAGCUGCGAGUGUGAACACAACACAACUGGGCCUGACUGCGGCCGCUGUAAGAAGAAUUACCAGGGCCGGGCAUGGAGCGCUGGCUCCUACCUGCCUAUCCCAACGGGCACAGCCAAUAUCUGUAUUCCUAAUAACAUUGGUCCAGUUAACUGUGAAUGCUUCGGCCACUCCAACCGAUGCAGCUACAUCGAGCUGCUAAACACCGUCAUUUGCGUGAGCUGUAAGCACAACACUAGGGGCCAGCACUGCCAGCUAUGCAAGCUGGGCUACUACCGCAAUACCUCAGCAGAACUGGACGAUGAAAAUGUGUGCAUAGAGUGUAAUUGUAAUCCCUUUGGCUCAGUCAGUGAUCGCUGUAAUGGCACAGGAUUGUGUAUAUGUAAGGAGGGCACUACAGGGCCUAAGUGUCAGCAGUGUCUACCCGGCUAUUUGUGGGACGAUGGCUGCAAAUCCCGGGUGUGUGACAACGAGCUCCUGCGCUGCCAAAAUGGCGGAGUGUGUGUCAACAACGUCCGCUGCAGCUGUCCCUCAGACUACUCGGGCCUGCUGUGUGAAAAGCCCCGCUGCGAGUCGGAGCUGGGGGGCUGCGGGGGCCCCAAUUCAGGCCAGGCCCCCCUGACGCCUCCAUCAUCCCCCAGGCUGCUGCUGCUGCUGCUGCUGCUGGGCACGGCACUGCGGAGAGAGGCCUCCUGCUGGCCCGCUGGGCUCUGAAGAGACCCAUGACCUUUAACCUUCCCAUCCCCCCUUUCAAAUAAUCAACAACCAUUAAACAAGAACAACCAUGAGCUUUCUGGACUGUACUGUAACGAGCUUCUCCGCCGCCAGACUCAAUGGACACUCGCGCUGACAAUAAAGGGAAUGUGCCAGACACAUGAGUGCAAAAAACAACAACUUUUCAUUUAAUUUCAAAGAAUAUAUAGAAAUGAAAAUAAAACGUAUACUUCUAAAAAUGCCAGAUAUUAUUAAAAAAAAAGAGCAUUUGCCUAAUAAGAAUAAAAUGUGCAAAGAACAAUGAGCCCCCCCCCCCCCCCCCCCUUCUAAGCCAUACCAGGUACUUGAGUCCUUCCAGUUUGAGAAGGGAUAACUGAGGAUGACAGACUCGUUCACGUCCUCUCUCAUUGCCACGGCAACAGCUGCAGACCAAUCAGCUCUUGAACCAGCCGGCAGUGGCCGCCGAUUCCCCCCCCCGCCCACACCCCCCACCCUCACCCCUCCCCGCAGGACGCUUCUGCGAUUUAAUGUUGGCUGGACUGAUGCCGAGGAAUUCUCAAAGAAAGUGUCCCCGCUGAAUGGCUGACUGGCUGACUGGCUGACUGACUGGCCUCCCAAACAUAAGUGUUACACUUCGAUACGGCGACAGACAAAAAAGCGGAGAAAACACCGGAAGCAUUCUUUGCUGUCAGUGCAUUGUGGAUAGAAGGAAAUCUGCCCGGACUGCCACUUUGUGACACGAAAAACCUCGCCCACGUCGACCCCUCUCUAGCAUCUCUCCUUUUGAGCUCUAUCUCAUCCUCCCUCCUGUUCAUCCUCCCUCCCUCUCCUCUUUCCUCCCCCCCCCCCACACCCCACCACCAUGCUGCCACAGACCUGUGCUUUCGUAAACGUUACUCUGUAAACCCUUGUUGGUUGAAAGAUUCUUUUGUCCGAUGUUAGUGAUGCACAUGUGUAAGAAGCCCCUCCCCCUCCCCCUCCCCCUCCUUUCAUCUCUUGCAAAAAGAAACUCCAACGAAGCUGUCUGAUUCUUUUUCUAUCUGUAGAGCCACCACGCUCCCCUUAUGAUCAUGGUCCGAGGAUAGUUUUCACCUGAGCAGACGAGAAGCGCAUAAAAAACCAUCGGUGUAUUUGCAAGUUCUUUUCUCGACAGAUCAACAACAACAAAAAA